AUGACCAUCAAGACUGUUGCCGUUGUCGGCGCUUCCGGCCUCGUCGGCCUCCGCGUCGUCAAGGUCCUGCAAGAAAAGGGCUUCGACGUCACGGCCGUUUCCCGCGAGUCCUCGACCGCCACGUUCCCUCCGGGCGUCGCCGUCCGUAGGGCCGACUUGUCGUCCGUCGAGUCUCUCACCGCCGCCUUCGUCGGCCAGGACGCCGUCGUCUCCGCCAUCUCGACCGUCGCCGUCAUCGUCCCCGGCGCGCAGGACCCGCUCAUCGACGCCGCCGCCGCCGCCGGCGUCAAGCGUUUCGUCCCGUCCGAGUACGGCCUCAACACUCGCAACCUGGAGGGCGAGAUCCUCGGCGACUGGCUCAAGGCCAAGACGGCGGCGGUCGACUACCUGAUCAAGAAGGCCGAGGAGAACCCUGGCUUCACGUGGACCGGUGUUGGGACAAGUCUUUUCUUCGACUGGAGCAUCACGAGGGGCAUCUACGGCAUCUCCCUCGAGAACAAGAGCAUCACCAUCUUCGACUCCGGGGACCAAAAGGUCUCCACGACGUCGCUCUCCUUCCUCGCAGAGGGCAUCGCCGCCGUGCUACGGCACCCCGGCGAGACGGCCAACAAGUACAUCAACAUCGUCGAGUUCGAGGUCACGCAGAACCAGCUUCACAAGCUGUUCGAGGAGGAGACGGGGGCCAUCUUCACGGUCGAGCACAAGACCGCCGACGAGGCCGAGAGGGUGGGCAAGGAGAAGCUGGCGGCCGGCGGGAGGUUUCCCUUUGAGGAGUUCCUCCAGAAGUACUGGUUUGGCGACGGCCCGGGCCACGCCAUCAAGGAGGAGGACAAGGCGAACAAGGUGCUCGAGCUGCCGCAGAGCGAUCUGCGCGAGGUCGUGAGGCGGUAUAUUGCGGAGCACACAGCUUGA